AUGGUCUUUUGCAAAGCAAACUUUCUGGUGUCCAAGACCCCAGUAGCGUCCGUGGCCCUCCAGGCGGCCGCCAAGCAAGCAGUUAAUGAUGUAGCAAAGAGGACAACGGGCAUUCGGAAUUUUGCUGCCGCUUUACAGAGCCAAGCGGAGCUAUCAUUAGGCUUGGGUUGGCACAUAAUUGUUGGCAACGACUUUGCGGUGGAUCUGCGCUACCGCAAGGGUGCAUGUGUGCUAUUAUUCAGCAAUACUAGCAAGAUGAAAGUUAUGCUAUAUCGAACAACGUCAUCCUUGAAAUCUACUAUUGAAAACGAGCACAAAGUGUUUUUAGAAGCCAGUGAUCAAGUCAGCAUCAAGAAGAAAAGUAUGAUCUAUGAAUGCUCUAUGGAGGAUGAGAUGAGGAAUCUUGUUCUUGACAAGACUUGGCGGCUCUACAAUUAUUACAAAGGCAUAGAGGACAACGAAGCAAAGAUUGCUCAAGCGCUUAAGCACUCGCUGACAUUUAAAUAUGGUCCAACGUGGCAAGUGGUUGUGUCAUCAUCACAUGAAUUGUGCUGUUUACCAAUUACUGAUAAAGGUACACACGCGGACUUUACACUAGAAAAGCUGCGUGUGGUAGUGUACCGUCACGCGGGCACUGAAUUGGAUCGCCAGAUCGACAUGACAUUAUUUGCUAAACGCGUUGCCUUUGUUCUCGCUAUAAUAUGUCUACUUCUUUACGGAUUCAUGUCGUUAAAUCCAUCGACGAUGGUCGAGAAAUGCAAGGGAAACUCCAGUGUGAUGGAAGCCAGUCUGAUCGACGGCAUGAGUCUGCCUGAAGGCUGCACAAAAGAGGAUAUAAAACGCGCGACUGACUAUGCGUGGUGGAAGACUGCAGCUAUUGUGGGCAUCUCUGGAUUCACGAUGCUUGCGUCGAUCAUCCGCAUGUACAGCAAGACACUAACUCCAAAAUAUAAACGCUCUUGA